GAAUUCCACAUGUCGUAGUGUACAUGCUGCUGGAUUCUGGUAGGGUAUGUGUAAUUUCAUGUGGCAGGAUGUGAAGUGACAAUAAAGUGCAAAAUCGUCGUCAGCAAGUUAGGAGUGUAGUAUAAAUUUAAAUGAAAACGAUCCAUUUAUCAUGAAAACUGUGUCCUGUGUUUGCCUCCUUGUGCCAUUGGCAAUAGUACUGGGUACAGUCAGUGGAAACAUAAGCUUUCAGAAGCCGAAAGUUCUCAUCGUCACAUUAAUCAGAAAUAAGGAACAUACUCUGCCGUACUUCUUCUCUUAUCUCGAAGACCUAGAAUACCCGAAAGAUCGCAUCUCGUUGUGGAUUCGUUCGGAUCAUAAUGAAGAUCGCAGCAUCGACAUCACCAAAGCUUGGUUAAAGAGAACCACAAAGUACUAUCAUAGUGUGGACUUUGGGUAUCGCAGCGACGAGGAGAAGCGGUUUGAUGAAAAAAGCAGCACGCACUGGUCUGAAGAUCGGUUCGCCGAUGUCAUUCGGUUGAAACAGGAAGCUCUCGAGAAAGGGAGAAAAAUGUGGGCUGAUUUCGUAAUGUUUUUAGACGCAGAUGUUCUACUCACGAAUCCUCAAACGCUUUCCAAAUUGGUCAGCUUAAACCUACCAAUCGUUGCACCCAUGCUCCUAUCAGAUGGUUUGUAUUCCAAUUUUUGGUGUGGAAUGACCGCGGAUUACUACUACCAGCGAACAGACGAGUAUAAAGAAAUCCUCAACAACGAUAAAACCGGUCAAUUUAGCGUCCCAAUGGUACACAGUGCGGUCAUGGUCAACAUCAAUGUUCAUCAAUCACUGCAACUUACUUUCAACAUGAAACGGUUCCCAGCUGGGCUUUACAAUGGACCUCAGGAUGACAUAAUCAUUUUUGCCAUGUCCGCUAACUACAGCUCUAUUCCGAUGUACAUUUCCAAUUCAGCACUUUAUGGCUAUAUCUUGGUGCCAUUAGAGCAAGGCGAACCACCGGAGAAGGAUUUGGAGCAACUUACCAACACCAAAGUUUACGUUAUUAACGAAUAUGGUUCCGUGAAUCUCAAAAAAGAUCUGAAGCAAUUUGUCAAGGGUAUUCCCAAGGACAAAAUGGACGUAUCGCAUAUCUAUAUGAUCAAUUUGGAGAGGCGACCUGAGCGUCGGAAUAAAAUGUUCAAUAACUUCAAUGAGCUGGGCCUAGAUGUAGACUUUUUCCCAGCAGUCGACGGUCGGCAGUUGAACGAUGAAAAACUGCAAAAAAUAGGAAUCAAAUUCCUUUCCGGUUAUGCAGAUCCGUACCAUAACAGACCGAUGACCAUGGGUGAAAUAGGAUGCUUUCUUAGUCAUUACUACAUUUGGGAAAAGAUGGUCACGUUGAAUCAACAGGAAGUUCUCAUCCUGGAAGACGACAUCCGUUUCGAGCCUUAUUUCAAGAGACGUGUCGAUCAAGUGUUGGAAGACGCUCGCCGUAUCGGUGGAUGGGACCUGAUUUAUUUUGGGCGCAAACGAUUGGAAGAGGAUGACGAAAAAUGGGUAUCGGGAUCUGAUAAUCUAGUUGUGGCUGGCUAUUCCUACUGGACCUUAGGCUACCUAAUAUCGUUGCAAGGGGCACGAAAACUUUUGGCUGAAAAACCUCUCGAAAAACUGGUUCCUGUAGACGAAUACAUACCGAUCAUGUUCAACAAUCAUCCAAACGAGUCAUGGGUGAGCCAGUUUAAAAAUAGGAAUUUGGUUGCCUGGAGUGCAGCGCCGUUGCUUCUUUAUCCAACUCACUAUACGGGUGACGAAGGGUACAUUUCGGAUACCGAAGAUUCGGCUCGGAUUGAUAAUUUUAGCAAAGUCAACAACGAUACCUCGGAGAGUUCUGCAGAGAAAAAAGGCGACAAAGAGCAAUUGAGCAGUAAAUCAUUAAUGGACUCCACUAUUACCAGAGACGAGCAUGAACUGAGCGUUACUAAUCGGAGGAACGAGCUUUAGCAUCGGUCCAAGCACAUCAGACGAGUGUCAUAACUGCCAGGGCAUGCAUCGAACUAAUUAAUUAUAACAUGGCGAGUGCAAACUGAGAUAAAAUCAUAACAUUGAAAUUAAGCAAAUUUUACAAAAGCAAUGGAAACGCUACCAAAAAAAUCUAUGUGCCUUAUAGUUUUAAGGGUUGCAAUUUAAACAUUUUGAACAAUUUAUAGCUUAACAUUUAAAAAUC